AUGGUAAUGCAAUGUGCCUCUACCACCCGACAGUUGAUGGUGUUAGUGAGUGUCCAGAGCCAGAGGACCUGCUCCAACACCAGCAAUGAUGGAGGGUCUCUGGUGGUGGCAGUGGGUGCUCUCUCUGCUGCACUAGCAGCUCUCCUCAUCUGUUACCUCUCCACACUCUUCUACUGUCUCAGAGCCAACAGGAGAGUGUCCCGGAAGGAGAAGAGGUGGAGGGAGGCGGAGAGACAGAGACUCAUGGCUGACAGGGACAGUGUGGGGACUGCUGGCUCUGUCAGUAGAGCCAGUGCUGUGGGCCUGGUGCGUGGUGUGGGGGGCCGGGGUGAGGUACUCCAGAACCCACUGUACACCGAGGAGGACGACGACGAGGAAGAAGGAGAAGGACGAGAAGGAGAUGGGGUGGAGAUGUUGGCCAUGUUGUCUGACAUGCAGGCCCUCCCUCCUCCCUCCCCCACUCACUCCUCCGACCUUUAACCUUUUCCAUCCAGCCACCCAUGAAGUAAACACUGAAUGCAUUUUAUUUUACUCAAACAGUUUUAAGACCUGCAUUUUAGGUCAGUUGCAUUAUUAUACAAAUUUGAGAGUAAGGGAAA